UUUCUGCCCAACUGUCUCUUUUACGGAUCGAGCGCGGAACUAUGAAUUCCUUCAAACUCGUGGGCGAUCUUCUCGUAUUUAUUGCACGAGAGGGAGUCGCAGUAACAGAUCUUUUUCGGAGGCCAGGAAAUCCUCAAGAUAUGAAAAAGAUAAUAUCUGACCUAGAAAGUUGCAGGGUAAUCAACUGGACAGAUUACAACUUUUACACUCUGGCGAACAUCGCCAAACGUUUCUUGCUUUAUGUUGAUGGUGGCUUACUCGGUGCAGCUGCUGAAGAGGCUCUCUUGAAUACUUUAGAUUUACCUGACGAUCAGUCUCGCAUUGAGGCCAUGCACAGGCAAGCAUUUUCUAUAUCCACGGCCCGGGAAUACCAUUUUCUCGAUUUUAACUGCAUUUUGUUGUUCUCAAUGAGAAUUACUAAAAUUGUUUAG